AUGCUCAUUCUCCAUAUCUUCUUAAACACUUUCUUGUUCACCUUUUACUUCCCCCACUCCUACCAGCUGAAGAAAUUCAUUUUUUCCGCACAAAACUCCCGCCCUCUUUCUGGAUCGGUUUCCUUACUCUCCUCCCAGUCUGACUUUCUGCAUCGUUACCCUCCUCCCCCAAUCUAUGCUCCUUACUCUCCUCUUCCUUACUCUCCUCUUCCUUACUCUCCUCUUCCUUACUCUCCUCUUCCUUACUCUCCUCUUCUUUACUCUCCUCUUCCUUAUUCCCUCUUCUCUUACUCUCCUUUCACAUUACUUUCCUCUCUUGUACUUUCCACUUACUCUCCUCUUCUUACUCUCCUCUUCUUUACUCUCCUCUUCUUACACUCCUCUUCUUACUCUUCACUUUUUACUCUCCUCUUCUUUACUCUCCUUUCUCCUCUCUACUUUUUAUCUUACUCUUUUCCUCCUCACCUCACCCUGCUUCGGCUUCCGUCGUCUCUCACUCCACAUCUUACUAAUUUUUCAACGCCUCCAACCGGGUCCUCUACGCCUGCACCCACACACAUAGAUUCCCGUGAGGUAAGUCUGUCUGUCUUUCUUUCUUUCUUUCUUUCUUUCUUUCUUUCUUUCUUUCUUUCUUUCUUUCUCAUUCCUACAAUUGUUUCUUUUUCUGAUAUACCCUCAAUACGUCUUUCUUUCUUUUCUUUCUUUCUUCAUUUCUUUCUUUCUUUCUUUCUUUCUCAUUUCAGCAGUUGUUUCUUUUUCUCAAUACAGCUUUCUAUCUAUCUAUCUAUCUAUCUAUCUAUCUAUCUAUCUAUCUAUCUAUCUAACGAUCUUUCUUUCUUUCUUUCUUUCUUUCUUUCUCAUUCCGACAAUACUUUCUUUUCUGUGAUAUAG